AUGUCUGUCAAAAGCAUAUCUCCACCCCAGAGCCAGAUGAGUCCAAGUGCCGAUGCGGUCCAAGACAAUCUCAAUGUCCAAGAUCUGGAGUUGAUGGUGCAGUGGUGUACGAACACAUAUCGCUCCAUCUCUUACAACACCGAGGUCGAAAGUGUCUGGCAGACUGCAGUGACACGCGAAGCUAUGAAACAUCCGGCCUUGAUGCACGGUAUCCUUGCCUUGUCCGCCUUGCAUCUGGCCACCAUGACUGGAGGAAGCGUGACCGAACGGUACUCGAAGAUGGCAACAAUGCAUCAGGACCUCGCUCUUGGUGGGUUUAAGGAAUCAUUCGGAGAUCUCAAUCAGUCCAACUGCAAGGCCGCUUUUGCUUUGUGCAGUCUUAUGACUAUUUGCUCUCUGGCCUUUCCCCUCGCCGCCGACAAGAGCGACAAGCGUACUUCUUUGGAGGAUCUUUGCGAGGCCUUCAGGGUUGCGAAAAAUUCAAUGAAUGUUCUCGCCGACAUUGUUGAUUUGGUCGAGAACAGCGAGCUGAGACCGUUACUCGGGAAAGACGACUCCGGUCCGAAAAUGCCUGACACUUCGCGGCUUGCCAUAAUGUCCCUCGCCAUGACAAAUUCACGCCUAGCUACGCGUGAUCCUAGCCACGAAAAAGAGAUUUAUGAGUCCACCAUCGCACAACUUGGGGAGUCAUUGGAGAAACUCGCGCAGGGCCGAGAAGCCACCGUUGUCGCCUUUCAAUGGAUGUAUCACAUCCCAUCGACGUUUUUGGACCUUGUCAGAGAGCGACGCCCAUUCGCGCUGGUCAUCCUGGCUCAUUACGCCGUGAUUCUUCACUUUAUGCGCAGCCGAUGGUGGAUUGGUGAAUGGGGUUCCCCCGUCAUACAACAGAUCGGUCAACAUCUGGACAGUCAGUGGCAGCAAUCGAUCAGCUGGGUCGUGGAUGCCACCGGAUGCUAUAUUCCUUCAACUUGA